AAAAAGUGAAGCCCACACAUACGUGUAUCUUCGCCUAGGGUUUGUCCUAAGGAAGCUCUAUUUGUUUUCUCAUCAGCGCCACCGUUUAGCUCUUGCUCUCUGUUUCCUUUUGGCUGAUUUCUGUGGAGUUUGAUCUCGCCGUUGAAAUGGUUGCUUUCCGGUUUCACCAGUAUCAAGUGGUCGGGAGAGCCCUCCCGACAGAGAAAGAUGUGCAACCUAAGAUCUACCGUAUGAAGCUAUGGGCCACAAAUGAAGUCCGCGCAAUGUCCAAGUUUUGGUACUUCCUGAGGAAACUGAAGAAGGUAAAGAAAAGCAACGGACAAAUGCUUGCCAUCAAUGAGAUUUUCGAGAAGAACCCCACGACGAUCAAGAAUUACGGUAUCUGGCUGCGUUAUCAGAGCCGAACUGGUUACCACAACAUGUACAAGGAGUUCCGUGACACCACCCUCAACGGUGCAGUGGAGCAGAUGUACACUGAGAUGGCUUCUCGUCAUAGAGUGAGGUUCCCUUGCAUUCAGAUCAUCAAGACCGCGACAGUCCCUGCAAAGCUGUGCAAGAGAGAGAGCACCAAGCAGUUCCACAACUCGAAGAUCAAGUUCCCUCUUGUUUUCAGGAAGGUCAGGCCACCAACUAGGAAGCUCAAGACUACAUACAAGGCGUCAAAGCCCAACCUUUUCAUGUAAAACCAAUAUUACAUGAUUCAACCUUCGUCCUUUUCAACCAUCAGAUUAGGCUUCUUGUUCCUCAGUCUGAACAAAAACAACCAGUUGGAGUUAUCUUCUCUUGAAGUUCUAAAUUUUUGUAUCUUUUGAACUUGGUUUUCUAGAUAUGAUACGAUUUUCAGGUGACUCUGGCAAUUUUCAUCAAGAAUAUAUAGUU